AUGCUUAAAGUCAAUAGGAAUGCCAAUAUCAAAGAUCCAACAUCGACCUAUCCAAUAAUCUCCAUCACCCGUGUUACAGCAGAUCUGUCCCUGGCCAAGCGCUCAGUGCUCAACAAUCCUGGGAAACGGGCCAUCAUUGAGAGAUCUACAACACGGUCUAGUAUCGCUGAAGUCCAGAGCGAGAUUGAGCGGAUCUUUGAAUUGGCUAAGUCCUUGCAACUGGUAGUGUUGGAUGCAGACACCAUCAAUCACCCAGCUCAGCUGGCCAAAACCUCUCUGGCUCCUAUCGUUGUCUAUGUGAAAGUUUCUUCCCCAAAGGUGUUGCAACGCCUUAUUAAAUCCAGAGGGAAAUCACAGGUGAAGCAUCUCAAUGUGCAAAUGAUGGCUGCUGACAAGCUUGUCCAGUGUCCUCCGGAACUCUUUGAUGUGAUCCUAGAUGAGAACCAGCUGGAGGAUGCUUGUGAACAUCUGUCUGAGUAUUUGGAGGUAUACUGGCGAGCAACCCACCACCCUGCACAAAACCUUGGGAGCCAAAACCUCCUGACUCCUUCCACUGCCAUUUCUGGCCUGCAGAGCCAGGCCCCGAUGGGCGAGCAUGAGAGUGAGCGCUCCCCGGUGGAGCACGACAGCUUGAUGCAAUCUGACGAAGUGAGCGACGCCUCGCGCAAGACAUGGACGGCGUCCUCUCAGCGCAGCUCCCGGCACCUGGAGGAUGAAUACUCCGAUGCCUACACUGACCUGUACCAGCCUCACCGCAACCACAACAGUGGCCUCCGCAGCACCAACGGCCAUGACUCGCAGGACCGUCUUCUGGAGCGCGACUCUGAGCACAAUCACAAUGACAGGAACUGGCAACGCAACCGGCCCUGGGCCAAAGAUAGUUAUUGAAACUUCCUGGCUAGGCCUCCAGGGACAUAAGACACGGCUGCUGCUGUCUUUGCCAUCUCCCAAACUGAGUUAAUUGCCUGAUCUCAAGCCUUUGUUUCCCUUUGUAGCUAACCCCCACAGAGUGCAGGCCCUGCCCCAAUACACAGGUGCUAUCUAGGGAAGCCCAGACAUAGCCAUGGCUGCCUAAAAGAGGUUAGGUGAUUUGUCUGGCCCUCCUUCACUUUGGAUUACGUAGGCCAUGGUAGUAUUUUGCAGGGUAAACUUCACAUCCUUCACAUCACAUUCUAUUUUGGGAGGGGUGGGGAGGCUAGGAGCUGGAUUGGGCUUCUGCAUCUCAGAGGAAGAAUUUUUUUUUCCAAGAGAGAAGCUGGCUGUGGCUCCAUUUUUAACUGAGCAGGAGAUCAGAGCCGAAGAUUACAUGGGAGAAAGUAAGACAGGCAUGUAGAGACCUUAGGAUGAGUUUACUUCUUCCAAGCGAGAGACCCAGAGCCUCACUUUUUGCCUUGCUGUAAGGUUAGACCUGUGUGCAUAUGUCCCAAGAUCUGUCCGGAAAUUGAGACUGAUGUAGAUAAACUAAGAUUGCUAAUUAAGAGUGAUGCACUCUAGAAAUUGAUAUGAACAGCCAAUGCUGAUUCAGUUACAGGGCGUCAUCUUCACAGCAUUGGCAACCAUUUUGUGCAAAUGCUUUGGUGAAACAUAUGCAAUAAAGCAGCAGUGAAACUGAGCCACAAUAUUUCAGCCUGCACAGAAAAGGUAAAACAUCAGGAAGAAGGUAGAACUAAAAUGCUCCCUGACAUUGAAUGUUCUGCAUUUGGGGAGAUUUUAGUUUUGUUUAAAGUCGAGAUGAUGAAAGACCAUUCAACUAGCGCAGGGUCGUCUAAGAGAUUAUUGAUAAAUUAUCCACUGCUAAUUUGGAUAUAAUCCAAGAAUCACAAGGCCAAAAAAAGAUCUAUGUGACGGUGAUGUUCAUGACUAUCACUGAGAGGGCUACACAGCUUCAAUCUUCUGUUGCCCCUGCAAUUAUUGAUAGAUGGGUAGGGUCAGAUACAAAAAGAAAAAAAAAAUUGCUUCAGAUUUACCCAAGAUUUUCUUAGUUUUCAUAUUCUUUUAUGUAAUUCCCAUGACCUUGAAGCAAGUUAUUGAUUCUAAGGAAGCUGAGAUGCAAACUGUACUAACACGUGUAAUAAAGCCUCAAGGAUCAUUUGGUAGAGUAGCCCCAAAGUAUUCUAUGUCCAACAUAUCCCAGCCAACUGGCUGCCUUUUCUAGACAGAGCUUUAGAUCCAAAGGGCGGGGAGGGGGGAGAGGAGUCUUCAGCAGAGAAAGUAAUUUUGCACAAAAAAAUAAGCCAGUGGAGAAGGGUUUAAUUAGGCCUUUCCUAACUCUUGCCGGCCUUCUAUUCCAAAUCUAUUUCAUCCCCAAUAGAGUGAAAUCCUUGGAACCCUUAUUUUCUCAGAACCCCAACGCUCAGCCUUGUUCCUCUUGCUCUGCUAGGCCAUCUCCUGCACAGUCACUUCUGUUAGAGGACUAGUGGGAAGACAUUUUUAAAGCCACAGUAUGAGAUGCUUAAAUCUGUAUCCUCCUCACUUGUUCCAAAAUUCCUUGCUAAUUGCAUGCAACCUUGAUCUUCCACAUGCCACUUGUGUUGCGGGAAGUGGAAGGAAGAUGAGGUGCCGAGUGUAUCGGUGGGCCCUGCUCUUUCAUGGUGACUCCUACCCUCAGCACUUUGGGGCUUCCAUCUUGUGGAAGUGGCCCAGGGCUAUACCCAUCCUACUUCCUGCUUUUUCUAAUGCGCAAACCUUGCUCUUCCAUUCCCCUAUUCCAUUCUCGGGGCAGUGGGUGGCAGCCCCUUCCUUUCAAAAAGCACGUACAGCUACCAGAAAAAUCAGCCUGUAAAUAUUGCCCACUAGCAUUGAGAGUUGUGUUGAGUGUCUGUCGUACCCCUGGAUGGUCCAGAGCCAAAGGGGAAAUGCUCUUCCCUCUUUUUGUGGCUUAGGUGGUUUGAGGACGGGGAAAUGUUUCUAUCCCUGCGGUAGUGGUUGUUUGAUGGGCUGCUGCAACAGCUUUGUUACUCUUCUUUUGUAGAGAGCACUUAUUUCCCCCAAAACUUGUAAGCCGUUUGAAACAAGCAUUUGCUAUUUAUAACAUGUGGCUGAGUGGUUGUUAUUUUGAGUACAGCUGCAAGGGCAUUGGAACGGAGGGUUUGAAGGACAAAACACAAGAUAGUGUUUUGGUUGGUGUUCAUGGCACCCUUCCCUGAGGCAACACUAAACUCAGCGUGGUUCUUGAGCCAAAGGUUGGGAUGAACAGAUAUCCCAUGACUUGAGUGUUCAGAAUUGAUCUAUCACAAUUUUCAAUUGGCUACAGAGUUACUCUCUUCUGGGGUAGGAGUAAGGCUUGGACUCCUCUAACUUGUAGACUUUAGGCUACAAUUCCAAGAGUUCCUUGGGGAAAAUCAAUGGCAAUUACAUGGGAUACAUAAGCCACACAUUAGCAGUAUAAUUAAUUGUCUCAAGAGUUCAGGCAUAAGCAGCUUUCAUGUUAAAGUGGCAAAGGUUCAAAUACAAUAGCCAGUUGAAACAAAUACUGAUUAGUUCAAAUGGCAUUUGAGCAGGUAGGUCAAUGAAUGGGUAGCCACUGUCAAGCUCUUGAUGGAUUUACCCAUCAAUUGCAUUCAACCUAGGAAAGUUGCAGAUUGAGUGGCAUCUAACCUUCCUUCAGAUAACAACUGAAACACUGAAAUUGCCUUUUAAUUAAAAUGUCAGAAGUCUGUCUAUUAACCAAUACUCAAGUACAUGUGCAAUACACACCAUAUAAGUAGCAUUUCUGCUUGCUCCCUAUGCAUCAAUUCUAACUUUCAGAUACAGUAGAACAAACCUAGCCUGGCACCCACUUUUCCCUAGCUGUCUGUCAGAGGUCAUCUUCUGAAGGGCUGCAUGUUUCCAUUCACAAAAUGCAUUUUGACGAGUCUCACUUUGAAAAUUACUAUAGAAACUACUAUAGGUACCUAUAGAAUGGCUCACUAUUUUUGGCUUUCGAGAAACGUUUUAAAAAGCUAUGGUCUGGAAAUCUAUCUUGUUGCACUACAAGGUAGUCUGAAAAGCCAUAUUUUUACAGGAAUUCCAACUGAAAAUUUGGUUAUUUUUUUUUUUGUAUGAAUAUGAAUUGCCUUUAGAGCAGGUAUCUCUAACCUUGGAAACUUGUGGUAGUCUUAAAGUACAAACCUAAACAACCAAUCAGUUGCAACAAGAUAAGCUCAUUUUAGACUGCACUGUUGCUUAACAAAUAUCUCCUCUUUGCAUCAUCCUAUUCUAGUUCUAGUCCCGCCAUAGCCAGGGAAGCCCAUGGGGUGCCAGUGGGACAGUCAUUGUCUCUCAACCCAAACCACCUCACAGGGUUGUUGUUGGGAAAACAGGAGGAAAGGUGUGUUGAAAAUGUUUGUCGUUUUGAGUUAUUUGUAAAAAUAAUAAAGAUGGGAAUAUAAUUAAAUAAAUAAAUAAAUAUAUUGGGGAUGAAAAUUGAGAAACAUCAUGUUCAUAAGCAUAGACAUUUAUGUGUCAGGUUGUGCAAUUUUGCAGAGUUUGAGAUUCAGUGCAAGAAGCUUUUUCUAGAAGUUUCUCAAGCUUGUGCUAUUGAGUUGAUGAACAGCCAGGAAUAUCACCUUAAGCGCAUGAAAGUGCACAUAAAAAAGAGACUCUAUAGUAGCACUAAUACAAUUCAUGGCACAGUUGAAAAACUUCACCCUCAAACUGCUGGUAUAUCAUUAACACGUUUGUUGUAAUAAUGCAACAUUUUGUAAACAAGAGAGAACCCAAACAUUUGUUUUCAACUGCUGGCGCUUUUUCCUGAGACUUUUGAAACUGAUGUCAAACGUAGCUAUUUUGGUCAAAGGAAUUUUUUCCCUCCCAAAUUCAAUUUGCAACCUACCUCAGAAGAAAACUAUAGCAAACAACGCAGAGGAAAUUAUUGACUUUUCAGGAAACAAAGUCUUUCCUUGGUUUCUCCAGACUUCUCAAUUUAAGUAUUAUUUUGCUACAAGCAGUGCCACUG